AUGCCGCCGAGAUUCUCCAAGCUGGAGUUGGCGACCUACGACGGCACCGUCGACCCCCUGAACUUGCUCAACCAAUGCGACCAAUUUUUCAGGGGACAACACACGCCCGCGUCCGACCGCACCUGGACUGUCUCGUAUCAUCACCGAGGAGCCACGCAGACGUGGUACUACGCCAUCAAACAGGACGAGGGCGGCAUGCCACCAUGGGAGCGCUUCCGUGAUUUGUGCCUCUUGCGCUUCGGCACUGGCAUGCCACGCCCCGGCGUUUCGGCUCGUCAGCUGGCUGAGCUCUUCAUCGGCGGCCUACCGGACCACAUCCGCAUGGACGUGGAGAUGCGCGGGCCACAGGACCUCUAG